AUGGAUCGGCCGGCCUCAUCCUACGUCGCCGCCGUCCUCCUCUUCUUGCUUUUGCGGCCAUUAUUGUGUGCGUCCGACGACCGGCUUGUCCUCGGCAAGGCGCUCUCGCCUGGCACACCACUCGUCUCCGAUGGCGGCGCCUUCGCGUUGGGCUUCUUCUCCCCGCCCAACUCCGACUCAUCGUCACUGUACCUUGGCAUCUGGUACAACAACAUCCCAAAGCUCACCGUGGUGUGGGUGGCCGACCAGGCCGCCCCCAUCACCGGCGACCAUCUUUCAUCCACCCCACCGGGCACGCUCGCCCUGACCAAUGCCAGCAACCUGGUCUUGUCCGACGCCACCGGCCGAGUGCUCUGGACGACGAACGUCACCGCCGACGACGCGGUGGCCUCGCCGUCGUCGAGCUCGAGCCCUAUGGCCGUGCUUCAGAACACCGGCAACCUCGUCGUACGGUCCCCGAACGGCACCGCCUUGUGGCAGAGCUUCGAGCACCCCGGCGACGCCUACCUGCCCAACAUGAAGAUCGGGAUCGUCUACCGGACGCACUACGGCGUGCGCCUCGUCUCGUGGAAGGGCCCCGCGGACCCGUCGCCGGGGAGCUUCACCUUCGGCGCGGACCCGGACAGGCCCCUCGAGCUGGUCAUCUGGAACGGGACGCGCGUUCACUGGCGCAACUCGCCGUGGGAGGGCUACAUGGUGGACAGCAACUACCAGAAGGGCGGCGGCAGGUCCGCCAUCUACAGGGCGGUCUACAACAGCGACGAGGAGAUAUACGCCGCCUACACCCUCUCCGACGGCGCGCCGCCCAUGCAGUACCGGCUGAGCUACUCCGGCGACCUGGAGCUGCAGAGCUGGAGCAACGACUCGUCAGCGUGGGUCACGAUCAUUAGGUACCCUACCCGCGCCUGCAGCGCCUUCGGCUACUGCGGCGCUUUCGGCUACUGCGACAACAGCACGGACGCCGCCGUGCCGGCGUGCCGCUGCGUCGAAGGGUUCGAGCCGGCGAGCGGUGCCGGCUGGAGCCGCAGUGACUUCUCGCGCGGGUGCCGCCGGAAGGAGCCCGUGCGAUGCGCCGACGGCUUCGCGGCGGUGCCGAACAUGAAGCUGCCGUAUGGGUACACGCUGGUGGCGAACCGGAGCUUGGAGGAGUGCGCGGCGGGGUGCAGCCGCGACUGCUCCUGCGUCGCGUACGCGUAUGCGAACUUGAGCACCAGCGCCACCAAGAGGGACCCCACCAGGUGCCUGGUGUGGACCGGCGAGCUGAUCGACAUGGAGAAAGUCGUCGGGACCUGGGGUGACUUCGGUGAGACGCUCUACCUCCGGCUUGCCGGCGUCGGCGCAGGCAGGGGGGCAAGGAAAAAUGUAGUGAAAUUUGCAGUUCCGGUGCUUUUGGCAAGUGUUCUUAUACCCAUGUGCAUCUUCAUAUGUUUUCCCAAGUUCAAAGAAAUGCUGAAGAAAAUCAACGGGGAAAAUAGCAAGAGGCGAGCAAUGCGAGUUUUGAGUAUUUCUGAUGAACUAGGGCAUGAAAUCCCUGCCCAAGAUCUUGAGUUCCCAUUCAUGAGAUAUAAUGAUAUACUAAUUGCAACGGAUAACUUCUCUGAAGCGUCAAUGAUUGGGAAAGGAGGUUUCGGCAAAGUUUACAAAGGAGUGUUAGGUUGUCGGGAAGUUGCUGUCAAAAGGCUUAGUAUUGGUUCCAAGCAGGGAUUAGUGGAGUUCAGAAAUGAGGUACUAUUGAUUGCCAAGCUACAGCACAGAAAUCUUGUUCGACUUAUCGGCUGUUGCAUGGAAGGCGAUGAAAAACUGUUGGUCUAUGAGUAUUUGCCCAACAAGAGCUUGGAUGCUACUCUAUUCAGCAGUACAAGAAAAUUAGUGCUGGAUUGGUCCAUGCGAUUCAAGAUAAUCAAAGGAGUUGCUCGAGGACUUCUUUACCUCCAUCAAGAUUCAAGACUGACAAUCAUCCACAGAGAUCUUAAGUCGAGCAACAUUUUGCUGGAUGCAACCAUGAACCCAAAGAUAUCAGACUUCGGCAUGGCAAGAAUCUUUGGUGACAAUCAAGAACAAGCAAACACUAAGCGGGUCGUCGGAACAUAUGGCUACAUGGCUCCUGAAUAUGCUAUGGAGGGCAUCUUUUCUGUGAAGUCUGAUGUCUAUAGCUUCGGCGUAUUGCUCUUGGAGAUCGUAAGUGGUGUUAGGAUAAGUUCCACUGAUUACAUUGAAGACUUCCCAAAUCUUAUAGUCUAUGCAUGGAACCUAUGGCAUGAUGGUAAGGCAGAGACUAUGAUAGAUUCAUGUGUUGUGUCAGGUUGCAUUGUGGAUGAAGCUAUGCUUUGUAUCCAUGUAGCACUACUGUGUGUUCAGGAAAACCUGAAUGAUCGGCCAACCAUGUCGUCUGUUGUGCGUAUCUUGGAUAAUGGAAGCAAGUCACUUCAGGCGCCAAAUAGGCCUGCAUAUUUUGCAGAAAGGAAUAAUGAAGCAGAGCAGACAGGAGACAGCGCCAAGAACUCUAACAACACUGUGACUCUUACAGUUCUGGAGGGACGAUAGAGCAAUCUUGGUGUGAGUCAGAUAUGAUGGCGGUGCCGGGCGAGAGCCUCUCGCCUGGGGCAAGCUUGUCAUCGGAAGUGCACAAGGCCGGCAAGAGGAGGAAGGCUGCGAUGCAGAUAGAAACGGAAUUCAUGGUGGCAGACUCGCUUUGGUGCUACGUUGUGAACGAGAAAUCUUCCUGAGAGUUGUAGUGGAGAUGCAAGUGAGCAGCUGACUACUUGGAACUUGGAAGUCUUUGGUUCGUGCGCAAUGAUGCAACACUUUUAACAUUUUCUCGUAGAUCAUAUGUAAUGGAGUUGAAUAACCUAGUACAUUAGCAGUUCAGUUGUACACAUC